CUCUGCAUCGCCUCGGACGCCCCUUUUGGCCGCUGCGCCAGCUUCACCGGAGUGCUAGCGACUUUGCCAAUCUGCAGGAACAGCAGCACUGGUCAGCAUGCCGACCCACCAGCACCUCAACAGCAUCUUGCUGUCCUCUGUCCAACGCAAUGACCUCCUUCACGUGCGCCUGAUCUUGGCCCAAGGCGCAAACCCAAAUGCAACCAACACCUGCGGCUGGACAGCCCUGCACUUUGCGGCGGAAUUGCCGAGGCGCACCGCCAUCCUGUUUGCUCUGCUGCACGCUGGCGCACGCGUCAACAGCAUCUGCGCCUACACGGGCCAGACCCCGCUGCACGUCGCCUCCAUCGCAGGCAACCUGCCUGCGGUGAAGCUGCUGCUCAACUGCGGGGCAGACAUGUUCCUGCGUGACUUCAACAACCAGACGCCACGGGAAGUUGCUCGCCCAUCAUCGCUGCUGCGUCGCGUCGUUCUCGGCCCCACCGCAUACGACUACCUCACGGCCCUCGAACACACGAUGCUGGUCGUGUCGCCAAAUGCACUGCGCCACCACCCACCGAAUCCCCUGCAAGCCGGCCGCUCCCCCGCUGUGCGACGCCAGCAGCACCAGCAGCAACAACGCCAAUUUCGGCAGCCGCGCCACCACCACCGCCGCGGCACGCAGGGUGGCAGCGAUGGUGAUGAUCGACGUCAGCUGCUGCAGGACCCAGGCACACCCAAUAUGGUGCACCGCGCGGCCCUGCCAGCACCAACUGCCACCACAACAUCGGCAACAGCCACACCAGCAACAGUGACGACAGCGGAUGCAGCUACAAGCACACGUGCAGGUGGGGUCACCAUUGCAGGCACGACCAAUGAUGGCAAUCAGCAGCGUCGGCGCCGGCGCGUGCGUGUGUUUGGGCGGUGGCUUCCGUUUGGUGGCACGACGCGGCAAGAUGCACAGCAGGCAUUGACACCAACGGGGGACGCAGAUGAGGAUGAGGACAGCAACCAUGUUGAACUGCAGCCCGCACACCUGAUCCAUCAGCAUCAGCAACAACAGCAACAACAGCAACACGGCAGGAAUGGUGCUGGCAAUGGUACAGGCGGCGGUGACACAGGCAUUGUGCGGCGAUCGCGGUGUUCAUUCGGAUGGAGGCGCCGGUCGUCCAGCUCAAACAACAGCAACAGCAGUGCCGACCACCGUGACACAUCCAAGUGCACAGGAAAGCGUGGCCGAAUUUGCCAGAACAAAUUGCAAGCCGGCAGGGCGGAUGGCAGAAUCAAGCUGACACCAAGCCAGGUUGCGCAGCUUGCCACGGCGUUGGAGUGCGGCAUCUGUCUCGACACCAUGGAAGACCCCGUGACGCUGCCCUGCGGCCACUCGUUCUGCGGCCACUGCUGCCAGCAACUUGUGUCGUCCACACGUGCGCGCUACUUCUCCUGCCCGCUCGACCGCAGCAAGUUCCCGCGCCACAUGCCGCUCGGCACUGCCGUAACCCUGCGCAACGUCGUCGCAUGCAUCAACCGCCACAAAUCUGUCACAACGUGCCUCUGA